AUGCCUCCCAAAGACGAAGACCAAGACGAGUAUGUUGACGAGGGAGACCAAGUUUACGAUGAUGAGGACGAGGACGAUGACCCUGAUUCCUUCAAGAUCGUUGAACCUCAUCCUGAGCCUACGACAGAGCUGUUCACCACUAAGCAGCUGCAUGACUAUAUUCAUGAAGGCAUAGUUGAUCUGAAUCCAACCUGGCAGCGAGAUGUCGUCUGGUCAGAAGCAAAACAGAGCCUGCUGAUAGAUUCUAUAUUCCGAAACUUCUACAUUCCACCUGUGGUUUUUGCUGUAACCUUGGAUGAUGAUGGAGAGGAAGUGCGAGUCUGCGUGGACGGCAAGCAACGUCUUACAUCCAUACAAAAGUUUAUUGAUGGCCAAGUACGUAAGGAUCAAAGGUCCAGGAAGAAUUGGUGGUACACAACAUCGCAAUCGACGAAGAGUACGCGCGCAGAGUUGCCCCAGGGAUACAAAGAUCUCUUUGCGAAGAAAGUGAUGCCAUGCGUUCUCUAUACCGCUCUAACUGAAAGCGCCGUCAGGGAUAUAUUUCAGAGAGUACAACUGGGUGUAGCAUUGACGCCAGCUGAACGGCUACAGGCAAUUUCUACACCGUACUCCGAAUGGGUCGGGGAUCUUGUUCAAAAGUUCCUCCGUGUCGACGGCGGCAUAUCCGACUUCAUAAUCUGGGACACCAAACGCAGCCGCGAUUUUUCCAAUCUUGCCUACGCCAUGUUUUGCUGCGAUGUCAUUCAGACACGACCCAUGCUAGCGGCCCAAAAGCUUGAAAGCUGGCUCAACCGCCAGGAUCCCCCACGCGAACAGCUAAAAAACGAAAUGCAGACCUUGCUCAAGAAUAUCUGUCAAAUUGUUUCAGAUAAAAAGUAUAACAGUGCCUUCAGCAAGAUGUCCGAGCGAGUGGCUCCGGUUGAAUUCGUCUUUAUGUGCGUCUUGGUGUAUGUUAUGGCGUCAGAUCCUUUGGAGAAAAAGGCCAAGGCCAUAUACAACCUCCGUUAUGCCGUUCGUUCUUCAUUUGACGAUAUUCGGAUGCGCAAUGACACUUGUGCAUAUUUGUGGGACGCCGUUUACGCAUUGAAGGACAAUCCUUUCGUGGCACCCCAACCAUAUGCAGGAUCACCUUCAAAGAAGUCGAGAAAGAGGAAGUCUGAAGCUGUUGGUGUCGAUGACGACGAUUUCCGCCCUGAUGGGUAUGGAGUCAGAAAUCUACCCAAAGCCAUCAAGACACGAUCCAAACAUUAGUUCGUUCUUAUCAUGUAGAAUUCCCUUUGUCUUUGAUACUGUCAGGAUGAUUGCUGUGUAAGACUACCAGCUUUUUUUGUAUUUCACCACUUCUAGUAUGCAUUAUAUCUUCUCUGAGUCUGAUCCAGCAAGCUGACAGGCUCCAUCGCAAUCAAGAACUUUCGUCAGUAGGGCCUGUGCGUCACGGCGGCUGCUUCCAUUCCUCUACCAAGCGAUGACUGGGAAGUAUUUCUUUCCUUCUC